CAUUGCUAGUGGUUGAAGAGGAAGAAGAAGAUUGUGCGUUUCCUGUUUGCCACGGUCAUCCAGCGUCAACGCCAGCCUUAUAUCUCCGCAUAAUGUAUUUACUCAGGUUCUGCAAAGUUCUGUUGUAUCGUUCGUGUUGCACCAUUGUUGCGGUACUGUGCGGGUCGCCCAGGGACAGGAAAUCAUGGUUUAAGAGAGUCGGUAAGCUCAAGUUGCAGGUAUUGACUGUGACAGCGUGCCUCGCCUGCCUCGCUUACACCGUCGUACGCCCUGGCAUCACGAGCGUUGAAGAGCCGAGUGAUCGCUCCCGGCGGCCACGUCACGCGGUCGCCGCGGCGCGACGAGCCGACGCUGGCCGUUCCGGUCCCUCGGCGGAAGCCGUGUUCUGCCGCAACUGCUCGCUUCCGACGCCGACAUCCAUCAAGAGCAGCGAUCCCGAGAAGUCGCUGCGCGAGCCGCUCUUCGGCUACCGGAUCCUCUGGAACGUCGGGCACCGCUGUCACGUGGACGAGGGCGACGGUGGUGCCGGCUCGCCACCGCCGUUUCGCUACCUGGUCGCCGUCAACUCGCUGCCCGAGAAUUACGCGCUCAGGCAGAUCAUGCGGAGCGAGGCCUGGGAGCAGCUGUGGCGGCUGGGCGGCAGGACGGCGCUCUUGCUUUUCUUCCUGGGCAUGCCCCGGUCGCUCCGAGAAAAAGACAAACUGCGCUCCGAGAUCGUGCGCUACGGGGACAUCGUAGUGGGAGACUACGACGCGACGCCCGCGAACGCCACGCUGACCAGCCUGAUGAUCCUCAAGUGGACGUCGAGUUUCUGCCGGGAGGCCCGCUUCCUGCUCAAGGUCGACGACGGGGCCCACGUGGACUACCGCUUCCUGCGAGGCUGGUACGGCUUCUUCGCGAAGCAGUCGCUGGACUACGAGAUGUUCGGCUCGUUCGUGUCGCUGGGAGCGCGGCCGUGCCAGGAACCGCCCGGCGACACCGACGUGAUACGCAACUGCAGCGGGAGCCGCGGCUACCUCGUCGGCUGCGCGUACCUCCUCACCGCCGACGUGGUCGAGCCGCUGCUGUACGCCGCUGCCACGGAGCACGCGCCGCCUACGCCGCCCGAGGACCUGUACGUGACGGGCACGCUCGCAGACAGCGUCAGCGCCCGCCGCGCCGAGGUGGCCCACUUCGAGGGCUGCUACGUGACCUACGCCAAAAAGACCACAAUCUGGCAGGGAGGGCCGCUCUAUUGGCUCAGAGACCGUGUGCAGGCGUCAUGUGCAAGGAACUGCCGCGACCUUGGCAGGAAACUCGGUCGAUUAUGUCUUGUGAUUCUCUUCGGCAUUACGUGCCUGUGUGUUUACCUGCGUUUGCAUGUUCUGCCGCAAACAAGGUUCUAGUUUGUCUCUUAGUAAGCCCUAUCGUCGGCAUGCGGCUUCAGAUGCAACGAACGGGUAGCAUGUCACACGUCACCUGGAUACUUAACUUAAUUUGCCCCAAGUUUUAGUAUGUAACAAUACUUUAUAUGCGAUAUGGGUAGUGGCUAAAUGUUUACAUAAAAUAUGGCGACAUGUAUUUUAUUUUCGUCUUUUUUUUAGGCUCCUGGGUAUUGUAGAGCUCGCGGCUUAAAGUAGUAGUCUACUUUUAGACUCUUGUAUUAUUAAGAAAUUGAAAAGAACAAAGACCGCAGGCAUGGUAUAAUUGUCUCAGCGGAAGGCAGACACCUAAAUUGCUCUUGUGAGGUGACAAAACGUACAAAUAAAGCAAAAAAGAAGGGAUAGAUAGGAUAGAAAAAAAAGUUAAUGCGCAUAAUGUUGUUACAGCAGCAUGCGUUGCUCAGUGGAGAGACAGGGUUGUUUGGUGUGUCUGUUGCAUUGCGGGGCAAUUCACUCGGUGCUUCUUGCCUCUUCGGUCUGUUCCUUGGGCUUAAAACAUCUCUAAACGGGCAGGUUUUGGGUAUCUUUACCGCGUGUGCUAUGCUUGUGUUAUCUGAGAUACGUGACCUCCCGCAUUUUUCUUUUUUUGCAGUAGCUAUCCCGCAUAUAAUGUGAAAUAUCCUCGUUUUCUCUCUAAUACAACACCAAAAGCACCUCAAGUGAUGCGUCUUGAACCAUUGUACAGAUUGUACAGCGCUCUAGUGUAUCGAAUACGAUCUACACAAGUUAUGGCAAAAUUUUUUAGAUUAUUGCGAACUUGAAGGGGUGGGCUAACUUAGGUUAAUGCUGUGUCCGCUAUUUGAGCGAUUAAUUCCCGAUGCUACAAUAUGACCAUCGUGUUACUUCGAGGUGAACUGCAACAAGAGUUCACUUUGGCUAAAUUUGUUAUGUCUAUAGUGCAUACAAAUAAAGCCAUCUUGGCAAAGCCCCAGUGCCUGUUUGCAGCCUUUUAUCAGCACCAAAACGAAUGACGAGUGCACCGGGCGGUUGUCGCUACGACGCAAGUCCCAGCACAUCGCCUCUGAUAUCUUUCAGCGCGUUGCUAGCAGACGCAAGCACCACCUUAUCUUUGAGGUCAUGACGAGGAGCCGCACGCUCUAGGUCAUGCGCCACUUCCGGUGAGCGGUAAUGGCGGUGCUUUUUAAAAAAAUCGGUAUUAAAAAAUUCACGCAGGAACAACUCUGAGUUUUCAAAGUAUGCGUAAGCAUUUUGCCACUUGCUCAUCUCCACGCAGCCUGGUGUCAUUAUCAAUGUACUGAAACUUGAUUCGACCAGCAUAAACCCUUAUCAACCCUCAUCGGUCGUUAUCAACCUUAUCGAACAUGUUCCAACCUUUACCAACUCUUAUCGGUCCUAACCAACGCGCAUGUUCAGCGAAGCUGCUGCAGAACCACCACUGCACUUGCUGAGGAGGGUAUACGCAAUGCUUUAUUGAUUGUUUGGAUGCUUCUUUCGUGGUCGUUCUUUAUUGAAAUGUAUGCUGUUAUGUGUGAUGUAUGGGUGAUUUUAGUUAAUGUAUGCCCUAUUCGCUUGAUUUUGUUGAGCGCUUGGUGCUUUUGCCUUGCAGGGGUAUGAGCCAUUGCAUUUAUUGCUUGCUUACGUGGGUAUGAGCCAUUGCUUACGGUGGUAUGAAUCAUUGUUUACGGGGUUAGGAGCCACUGCAUUCGUAUUACGUGACGGACGGGUAAAUUUCUGGUUGGGUAGGCAUACAAAUGCGUACACUUUUAAAGCCGCUAAUCUUGCAAGGGUUUCGCGACACUUCCGCACGUAUUUAAAACGUGAAACUUUGUAGAUAUGUAAUUUUGUGGCGAGGCCCUUCUCUAUACCUGCGCUGUGUUAAGCUACGCUUUUUACGUGGUCAAAACAUGGUCAAAAGCUGGACGUUCAGCCCUGUAGCAAUAUUCAUGCUACUUGGACUCAAACAUACCGAUUGCGCUAAUGGCAUCGGCUUCAGUGCUCAGUGGCAAUUAUCCCGGUAACAAAGCGUCCCAGGCUUUGAGAACAACUGUAUUGAAAUGCAAUCGUACAGGGGUGAGAGCAAAAGCUAACAAGCUGUGGGACUUCGUGCGACGAUUUUUCACCGACUUCUUCAUAUACUGUGCGUGCGCGCGCUUUAGUUUUGUUGAUCCACCUUAGUUUCUUUAUAUCAUGGAAACUUCAAAGGGAUUCACGGAGACGUCACUCAAAAUUUUAUGAAUCAGUUUGUCGUUUGUAUCCUUUUUGCACUUAUUCAACAGAGAGCUGCAGCUACAGUAAGCUCGCUUUAGAGUCUAACGCACCUGAAAGGCAAAUUUCGAUAGCCAUGAAGUACAGCUAUAUGUUCCUUUGGAACAGACCGAAGCAACAGAAAAAAAGAAAGAGGCUAAUGCUCACUUGUUGAGAGGCACAAUAUUUAUUUAAAAUGCACUGCAAGCUAUACAGAAAUUACGUCACUUACUAUUUUAACAUUAACCGGCGCCGAAACACUACCUGCAACAAAUUGGAGGCGUGACAGAGACAACUUGUUCGAGAGACGCUUGCAAGUGGCAGUAGUUUUCCAAUGCAUGCGCAGCACACUGUGCUUGAAACUAAGAAACCACGAAAGUACAACAUGAAAGCGAUUCAAGGUAGAAUGCAUGUCAGUCGUUGCUGGUGUAUUUUAUGGCUUACCACGACACUUCAUGUUAUAAACAUGGAACGAGUUCCAUAGAACCUUGCGAUGCUCAAAGCUGUAUCUAGUAGUGCCGUGAAUGCCUCAUAUUUCGUAUAAAAAAAUAAAG